AUGAUGGAAGUAGUGGUGGUGGUCGUGCUGCUGCUUUUACCUUCAACUGCAUGCAAAGCAGAGCCCACCAAGUGUGGCAUGAAGGAUGCACUCCCUCUACCUCUUGAAUGGUUCCAGCUGGGAGAUCUCCUCAUUGGUGAAAUUGCUUCUCAUUUAUUUUACCAUGUGCAUGAAAUAGACUUCAGUCAACAUCCAGCUCAGGAGUUAUACAGGAAUCCAUAUACAAUUACAAAAUCCUACCAACAUGUCCUGGCUCUGGUGUUUGCUAUAUCAGAGAUCAACAAAAAUCCCACAUUCUUGCCCAAUGUCACUCUUGGGUUCCACAGCUAUGACAGCUGCUUUGAUAAGGAGACCGCCCUCAGGUUGCUCUUUAACGUGCAUCGAUAUUUACCUAACUUUGAAUGUGAUGCCCGCAAUCCCAGUUAUAAGGAAGAUGCAUCAUUGAGAAAAGUGUGGAUUAUGACACCACAAAUUGAUUUUUCACUGACAAGUCUUCAGAGGGAAUGGGAUUUUGAGUUCUUCUACGGAACCAUUUCCUUCACAUUUCACUCAAAUGAACCUCCUGGCUUCCAGAACUUUCUUCAAGAUGUAAAGCCCUUUGAGAAACAAGAGAAUGGUUUUCUCAAGGUUUUCUGGGAGCAGGCAUUUGACUGUUUCUAUCCCAAUCCCCAGGAGCCAAUGGCCAUCAGUGAAACCUGUACUGGGGAGGAGAGGUUGGAGAGUCUUCCUAGUUCCCUUUUUGAAAUGGGCAUGACUGGUCACAGCUACAGCAUUUACAAUGCUGUCUAUGCCAUAGCACAUGCUGUUCAUGCGCUGUACUCAUCCCAAUUCAAUCACAGGGCAAUGGACAGUGGUGGAAUAAUGGAACUUUAUGAUGUCCAACCUUGGCAGACAUGGCCCCUUUCUCUGUGUAGCGAUUACUGCAAACCUGGCUAUCGUAAGAAAAAGAGGGAAGGGCAGCCAUUUUGCUGCUAUGAUUGUGUUCCAUGCCCAGGAGGGAAGAUUUCAAUCCAAACAAACAUGGACAAUUGCAUGAAAUGCCACAGUGAUCAAUAUCCAAGCAAAAACAAAGACAGAUGCAUCGCCAAGACAUUAAGCUUCUUGUCUUUUGAAGAACCUUUAGGAAUUAGUUUGGCUUCCAUAGCUGUCUGUUUUUCCCUCAUCACAGCCACAGUGCUAGGAAUCUUCAUUAAGCACAAAGACACCCCCAUCGUCAAAGCCAACAACCGAGAGAUCACCUACGUACUUCUCAUCGCUCUCCUGCUCUGCUCACUUUCUUCUCUUCUAUUCCUUGGCCGACCAAGGAAGGUGACCUGCUUUCUCCGACAGUCUGCUUUCGGCAUCAUCUUCUCAGUGGCUGUUUCCUGUGUUUUGGCCAAAACCAUUACUGUGGUUGUAGCUUUCAUGGCCACCAAACCAGGGUCCAGCAUGCGGAAGUGGGUGGGGAAAUGGCUGGCUAACUCCAUCAUCCUUUCCUGUUCCCUUGUUCAAGCCAGCAUUUCUAUGGUGUGGAUGGCAACCUCACCACCUUUUCCUGAUUUUGACACAGAGUCUCUGACAAAAAGUAUCAUACUAGAAUGUAACGAGGGGUCUGUCACUAUGUUUUAUAUUGUCUUGGGCUACAUGGGGCUUCUAUCCCUCAUCAGCUUGAUCGUGGCUUUUCUAGCCAGGAAGUUGCCGGACAGUUUUAAUGAAGCCAAGUUCAUCACUUUCAGCAUGUUGAUCUUUUGUAGUGUUUGGGUCUCUUUUGUUCCAACCUAUCUGAGCAGCAAAGGGAAAUCCAUGACAGCCGUGGAGAUCUUUUCUAUUUUGGUGUCUAGUGCUGGGUUACUAGGCUGUAUCUUUUCCCCCAAAUGCUAUAUCAUUGUAUUGAGAUCUGAGCUGAACAGGAAAGAGGCACUAAUAAGGAGAAAAAAAUAA